AUAGUACUUGUGCAUUCAUUCUUCUGGAAAAAACAUAGAGAAUAAUUAGAGCUACUACAAUUGUGAUUCCAGUUAAAAUGUUUCAUAUUAGUUUAGUUCUUUUAAAUUAGUACAUCAGAUCUUAGAGCAAUAACGUUUUCUCUGACUGAUAAUUGCAUCUUUGGGUAACAGUGUCUUAUCCUAUUCACGGAUUGCAGUGAGGAGUAAUUUUUUCUAAAGUCAUCUAUUCUACAAACAUACCUGCCAAAGCUUUUUCAUGUCUGAUGCUCGAUGUUGCAUUUUUUUUUGUCUCCUCUGCUAGAAACACUAAAAUAUCUCUAGCUUCUAGGAAGAGGAAGUUAUUCAUCUCACUACUCAUUGCUGAUGCUCUCAUCUCUGACUCUGAUCUUUCUUUACUUUUGGUGUAUCAGUAACUAAACGGUAGCAAGCUUUCACAGUGUCAUGGUUAUUCUAGUCAAAGCCAAUUUUGGUUUGCUUGUUUGUCCGAUGAAUCAAAACUAAUAAUUCUGAUUACUAUAAUCAUACAAGAAUACCAAAUCAGUGAGUUGCUUGCCUGCUUGUGCUUGGAGGAAAUGUUCUAGCUGCUUGUCCUAUACCAAAUCAGUGAGUUUUCAGCCUAUGUUUUUCGUGUGCAGCCUAUAUAUUUUCUCAACUGUUUCAGAUUUUGGAAAUGAACUCUGAGGACGAGGCCGAAGAGAAUGGUGCUAAUAUUGACUUGGACUCACAAAGGAAAGGGAAAUGUGCUGUUCUCAAGACAUCCAUGAGACAAAUUUUGGAAAUGAACUCUGAGGACGAGGCCGAAGAGAAUGGUGCUAAUAUUGACUUGGACUCACAAAGGAAAGGGAAAUGUGCUGUUCUCAAGACAUCCAUGAGACAAAUUUUGGAAAUGAACUCUGAGGACGAGGCCGAAGAGAAUGGUGCUAAUAUUGACUUGGACUCACAAAGGAAAGGGAAAUGUGCUGUUCUCAAGACAUCCAUGAGACAAAUUUUGGAAAUGAACUCUGAGGACGAGGCCGAAGAGGAUGGUGCUAAUAUUGACUUGGACUCACAAAGGAAAGGGAAAUGUGUUGUUCUCAAGACAUCCAUGAGACAAGUAUUGAUUACUACUACAGCUGUGUUUGUACUUAUAUGCGCAGCUGAUAAAGUUCCUGAAGAAUCCCUUAUGAAGACCAUUGAAGUGGACAGGCUGAUUGAUAUGGUGAGUGAUGCAAAUCCUAGAGAGCUUAUUGACGAGAAGAUUCAUUGGAUGCAUGUGGACAUGACAAAAGGAGGACCAUUGCAUGUGUCAGAACAAUGAUAUAAUUUGUCUACUUGUUCGGAUCAUAAGAUGAACUCAUGUAUUUGUCUAUUUUUGUUGAAAUAGCCUUUAUAUUGUUAUGAUCGAUACAGUAGGCUUGAGUAUUGGAUGAUUGAUACUGUAUAUUCUUUAAAAAUAAGCUUUGUAUAUUGUUUUGGGUUGCAAUGGUAAUUUUGGAAAUGGUCUGAAAGUCUAA